AUGAGUAGGAAAAUUUGUACAAAUUAUUAUAGUUGUAAAAUUGCUUUAUACGAUCAACUACUCCAACAGUCACGUUCGUCAAUACGUCCAGUACAAUAUGAAUCAGAAAAAAUUAAUGUUUCCAUUGAUCUUGCAUUUGUUCGUUUAAUAUCAGUGAACGAAGAAGAUUCUCUUUUACAAGUUCGUACAAGAAUAAAUCAAACGUGGAAUGCUUUGACCUUAUCUUGGAACCCAUUGAAUUAUUUUAAUGUGACUAAUAUUCGUGUACCAGCUCAUCUUGUCUGGACACCAAAAAUAUCGUUAAUUAAUCAACAUUCUAUUACUGAUAAUGAGGAAAAUAAUUUUAUUUCUAUUCAAUCAACUGGUCAGUUUGAAUUCAAUUAUUUGGCUCUUUUAACUGUACCCUGUGAUUUUGAUUUACAACGUUUUCCAUUUGAUCAACAAACAUGUUUAUUUAAAUUAGGUUCAUUUGUAUAUGACUCAUCCACAGUCUCUAUUACACAAGCGACUGACUAUAUUUUCGAUGAUAAUAAUUUAACCCCAUCUGAAUACACGUUUGUAUCGCAUAAACUAACAAAACAAGAGUCACGGUAUCCAGGUAGCACAACAAUAUACGAUAUGAUUGUUAUAGAAUUAGACAUAAAUCGACGAUCCACUUAUUUUAUUCAUUUAAUCAAUUGGCCAGGAUUUUUAUUAGCAUUAUUAUCUUUAACCAUAUUUCUUUUACCUCCACGCGCAAGUGAACGCACUGUUUUAGGAGUAUUACUUGUUAUUGGUCAAAUAAUAUUAUUUUCAAUAUUUGCACGUUACAUUCCUAAACGAUUAGCGUCCAAUUGGGGAUGGAUGGGACGUACAAUAUUUUACGAUAUGGCAAUAACAGUAUUAGCUAUCAUUUCUUCCGUUAUUGUUCGAUUUCUAUCCGAUAAACAUUACUGUAAUGAACGACCAUCAUUAAAAAUCAGAACGUUUGUAUUUGGAUGGUUAACGAAACUAGUUGGACUUAAACGUUCAUCAUACGCAACUCUAAUUGCAAAUAGAGAAAACUUCCAGAAUAUAUCUCAAAUGGGUUGUACUGGAUCGAAAAAAAAGCAACCAUUAAAUGAUAACGAUAAUAAAACAGACAUCAAUGGAUCACCCGAAUUGAAUGAUAAAGUUGUAAAUUAUUUAUUAGAAAAUACGAAAUUUAAAAGUCAAGAUAUAUAUGAAUGGUGGGUUGGAUUUUUAACUGAUUGUCCAAAUGGAAUUCUUGAUAAAAAAAAAUUUAUUGAAGUUUAUAAACUACGAUAUCCCGAUGGAAAAGCAAACAAAUUUUGUGAUCAUGUAUUUCGUACAUUUAAUCCAGAUAAAAAAAGUAAUUCAAUUGAUUUUCAAAGAUUUAUGUGUGCAAUUGAUGUAACAUUAAACGGUUCACCAACCGAAAAACUAGAAUGGGCAUUUAAUAUGUAUGAUAUUAACGCUGAUAAUCGAAUAUCAAUGAAAGAAAUGACACAAGUGGUUGAUUCUAUGUAUGAUUUAUUGGGUAAAGAGAAAACAGGUGAAGAUGCGCCAAAAAAACAUGUUGAACAAAUAUUUAAGAGAAUCGAUACAAAUAAAGACAAAUUUGUUAGUCGUGAGGAAUUUUUAAAAGGAUGUCAAGAUUAUGAAAAAAUCAGAGAUUUAUUAGCACCUAAUUAUUAA